AUGGUGCUCUCCGACCUCGGCAGGAGGAUCAAUACUGCCUUCCAGGACCUCUCGCGCCAGCCCACCGUCGAUGCCGGCACCGUCGACCAGCUGCUAAAGACGGUCUGCUCGGCCCUCAUCGAGGCAGACGUCAACGUCAAGCUCGUCGCAAACCUGCGCACCCAGGUCCGUUCCGAGGUGUCCGCCCUCCUCAACGACAAGGCCAACGCAAACUGGUCCGACGCACAGCGCAGGCAGCGCGUCCAAAAGGCCGUAUUCGACCACCUCGUCCAGCUCGUCGACCCCAACCAUGGCCAGCAAAAGACGGAUCCCGAAUCGGGUGCACAGGUCGCAUCGGCCACCUCGGGCCCCUCGGACGUCUUCAAGCCUAGGAAGGGCAAGCCCAACGUCAUCAUGUUUGUCGGCCUCCAGGGUUCCGGCAAGACGACGUCGUGCACCAAGCUCGCCCUCUACUACCAGAAGCGCGGCUACAAGACCGGCCUCGUCUGCGCAGACACGUUCCGAGCAGGCGCCUUUGACCAGCUGAAGCAGAACGCCAGCAAGAACAACAUCCCCUUUUACGGCUCCUACACCGAGACCGACCCCGUCGCCAUCUCGUCGGCUGGCGUCGCCUCGUUCAAGGCCAACCGCUUCGAAGUCAUCAUCGUCGACACCUCGGGCAGGCACAAGCAGGAGCAGGAGCUGUUUGACGAGAUGCGUGAGAUUGACGCCGCAGUCACGCCCGACCUCACCAUCAUGGUGCUCGACGCCAACAUCGGCCAGGCCGCCGAGGCCCAGAGCCGCGCCUUCAAGGACGCCGCCGGCUACGGUGCCAUCAUCGUCACCAAGCUCGACGGACACGCCAAGGGCGGUGGUGCCAUUUCUGCCGUGGCCGCGACCAAGACGCCGAUCAUGUUCAUCGGAACGGGAGAGCACGCCACAGACCUCGAGCCCUUCCGCGCGCAGCCAUUCAUCUCGAAGUUGCUCGGCAUGGGCGACAUCACCGGCCUUAUGGACAAGGUCGAGGAGAUGCAGAUGAACGGCGGCCAGGAGCGGCAGCGCGAGAUGCUCAAGAAGAUCGAGGAGGGCGGCACCUUUAGCAUCCGCGACUGGCGCGAGCAGCUGGCCAACAUCAUGGGCAUGGGCCCGCUCUCCAAGAUUGCCGGCAUGAUCCCCGGCAUGGGCCAGCUGCUGGGCGGCGGCGGCGGCGGCGACGACGAGGCGGCCGGGUCCAAGAUGAAGCGGAUGAUGUACAUCAUCGACGCCAUGACGCGCGAGGAGCUCGACUCGGACGGCAGCCUGUUUACCGCGCCAGUGCGGCACAAGCCGACGCCGCGCGAGGCGGGGGCCGUGGUGCAGCACCAGGAGGCGUCGACGAGCGGCGACGGCAGCAAGAAGAAGAGCAAGAAGAAGAAGAAGGCGCCAACCAAGGUGCGCAUGACGGCGCGGGCGCGUCGGGUGGCGCGCGGGUCGGGCACGUCGGUGCGCGAGGUUGAGGAGUUCCUGAUGCAGUACCGCAUGGUGGCGCGGAUGGUCAAGCAGAUGGGCGGCAAGAACUCGUGGAUGCGCCAGAUGUCGGGCGCGGCGGCGGGCGGCGGUGGCAAGGGCAAGGGCGCGAUGCCGCCGGCGGGCAUGCUUCCGCCGGGCAUGACGCGGGAGCAGGUGAUGCAGAUGCAGAACUCGCUGCCGCCGGAGAUCAAGGCGCAGCUGCGCCAGCCGGGCGGGAGGGAGAAGCUGAUGCGCGACAUCCAGAGCGGCAACAUUCCACCGCAACUCGCUGCGGCCAUGGGAGGGGCCGGAGGUGGUAUGGGUGGGCUUGGUGGGUUGGGAGGGUUGGGCGGACUCGGGAGCCUGCUUGGUGGCGGCGGUGCGGGAGGAGGGGGUAUGCCCGAUAUGGCGCAGAUGCAACAGAUGAUGCAGUCGAUGGGUGGAAUGGGCGGUCUGGCUAACAUGAUGAAAGGAAUGAUGGGCGGAGGCGGAGGAGGUGGUCGAUGA